ACGGUCCUUUUCGUGUAACAACGUAAGAGAACGCGGUCUCUACCCUAUUCAAGGCAUUCUCACCACAGGGCUCCAGUCGAGAUAUCUCGUCGCCCAACGCGUUUUGAAGGACUCUCCGCGCACGCCAUGACCGUUGACGUCACGGACAGGAAGUGCCUGCUCUAAGUUACUAACCACUCUCGCUCGCCUCACGUUCUCUCUCUCAUCCCAUCGUUGCGAGACGCUCCGCUUGCACAGAGCGACAGCUCGCUCGACGACGCUUACCUACGCGACGAUUGCGUCUUUGCUUCGUUUCUCACUUCAUCCGGCUUUUCUUGUCGCCGACACACAAAGCGUCACGCGACCGUCGAGGAAUGAAUUCGCCGCCAGGACCGUCGGCUAGAGCGGCGCCGCACCACGACGGCGGAGACGCGAGCGGGUAUAGCGGACGGACUUUCUUGCCGUCGAGCGCAAGAGCGAGAGGCCCGACAGCGGCACACGGAGGCGAAACUUACCCAAACGGAGGAGCGGUGAUGAAGGCCGGAGGCCCGUACGUCCAGCAUUACAACCUAGACGGUCACGCGGCUCGUCUUCCGGGCUUCCCAGAUUUGGCGGCGUGUCGGUAUGUCGAUACUCCGCCUGUCGGACUGUCGUACGGUCAGCAUUUUAGUGGAGGGUCGCAGACGAAGGAGAAGAGUCAGGCGAAGAGUGGGAAGAAGGUAGAAGCAGAAGGGGCGCAGGAGUCGGCUGUUGGAUUGCCGGCUGGGUGGAAUCCGUCGGGUGGACGCACGCAGAUUAAUGGGACAGUGGUGUCUUCAUAUCGUUCGUUUGCAAAGCGGCCGGGUUAUGAGCAAGGGCGUGUGAUGCUUCUACAAAAUCAGAUGAACCAUGAGAGCUCAGGGGGUCGUCCUCAACAUGCAGCCUCAGAGCAGUAUCAUCGACCCUCACAAGGGAACACGUUUUGGAGUGGGAAGGAGUAUCCGUUUCAGUCUUCAUUGGGACACAACUUUUUGAAGGAUUACCCGUCGCCGCAGUCGGAGACUCCAACUCCUCAGUUGUCACAAUCAUUGCAGAGUCAGGCUCAAGGUCAGGCGACUUCGACUCACUCUGAAGUGAGGACGUGUGGGGAGAGCUCGGCCGAGCAGCUUGUCAAUCAGAGUAGGAACGGACCGGUCGGAUCGACUGUCAAUCUGAACACUGUGAUGAGCACGAAAGGAGGUGAUGUGAGUAUGGUACAGCCGGAUAGUUCUACAGGCUCCUUGCAGUUGCCCGACUCGACAACGGGGACCGAAUGUGGUAACACAAAAGACGAAAACAAAAUCAAUCGAUCGGCUACAGAGUCGCCUCCCACGCCUAGACUAGUGAUUGCAACGUCGCCGCAGAUUUCAAUGCUUAGCGGCUCAUCAGAAUCAAAGACCAAGAAUGCAGGAGUACAUUUGAUUGCCAAACAGGGAGAUGUUUCCUAUCUCUAUCAGUUGUCCGAUGAUCCUGCAAGGAAAUUGUUUGUCGAUAAGUUGAUUCAUUUCUAUAAUUCGUCAGUGAACACGGCCGUGCAUUUGCCUGAAUUUUGGGGUAAACCGUUGGAUCUCUACACGUUGUAUCAAGCGGUGGAUGAACAUGGCGGACUUCAGCAGGUGAUAACCAGCAGACUGUGGAGGAACGUUGCCACGGCACUGAAAGUCGACACAAACCAAGACCAUUCGUCGACACUCUACAAGCACUACUUGACGUACCUCUUACCAUUCGUAUGUCAAGAACAGGGACUCGACAUGAGCAUCGAGACGCUCCGACUACAGCAAAUCGAAAUAGAACACGGCGAAGACAGAGACGAUGUUAUGCAACAAGCAAAGGAGGGAUCGUCUGCGGAGCUGGAACCGAUAUUUGAUGACUUCAAUCUCGUUAAUUCGACAUUGAGCGGCAGUACCGGCAAUCUGGCGGAUGCCGAUCUUCCACUGCCAUUCGAUUUGACCGCCGAAGAUCUGAAAGAAGUCGAAUCUUUGUUCGACUCGUCGCAACUUGACUUUGACAAACCGGCAGAAAUGAUGCUACCACCUGUACUCGAACCUCGUGCCACUCACUUGUUUCAACAACAACAACAACAACAACAACUACAACAACAGCAGCAGCAACAGCAGCAGACGUCACUUGUGGCUGCUUUACGUAAUCGGGUUGCGCCGUUGGGUACUACGCCAUGGAGUCAACAUCAACAGUACAGUCAACCUGCAAUGGGUAAUUCGUUACCGCCUAACCCUCCAACCGGUAUGUAUCGGCACAGACCGUAUCAGUCGUGGCCCGGGCGGCCGCGUCAUCCACAUCCGGUCGAGCAACAGCGAUACGCGUUUGCCAGGGAUCGACAUCUCGUUCCACAUCCUGGUCAACAACACCGCUUAUCUCAUUCGGAACUGUUGAACGCGCUGCAACGACGAUAUCUGGGGAAUCAGUCUCAGCAGCAUCAGCACGUACGGCAUGUGACUUCCGUGGCGGCUCCCGCAGCGGCUGCAGCUCGUGCUCCGAUGGUCAGACCGACGGACGUGUGGCAUCCUCCGACUCCUCCAUCGUAUCGAUUUCCCGGCGAACGAUUAGCGGGAUCGGUGAUGCAGAAUGCCCCUUCGUUUCCCUCUUUACCGUCCGUUCCUCGACCUGAUGUUUUGUCUUUCCAAGAGAGGCAUAGACUGCAAUCGCCGGCUCUACCACGACCACCUGUAGAUGCGUGGAACAGUUCUGCGUCGGUACCUGUUCCGAGGCCGCUACAGGGUUCAAUGCAAGCGUCCGAGAUAAGUCACCCGAUGAGUAGUGGUGAUGUGUCUAUGGAUCAGUCGAUGAUGUACGACACUUCAGAUGAGUUAGAAAGGAAACGGUUGGAGGACAAAGACAUUCUCGACAGCCAAUACAAAUUGGAAUUUCCACCCGAUUGUGUCGAAGCAACUGAACCAGUGUUCACGAGCAGACACAAAGUUACGGCUCAGAGUUUAGGUCGGUUGAGUCCAAGACAGAUUAUUUUGUCACUCAAGUCGGGCUUGCUGUCGGAAUGUACGUGGGUGUUGGAUGCUCUCAACAUUCUAUUGUACGACGAUCAGACGAUGCCGUUGUUCCAUCUCUCUCGGCAUCCUCGUCUGCUCGAUCUUCUUCUCGAUCACUUCUAUCGCUGUCUGGAAACCGUGUUUGGGAGGUGUCUGAGUCAGGGCGAAGGCGAUCGGAUGGAUUGGAGUGGAGCGAAAGAUGCCAACUGGGAUGGGUGGAAUGAUGAUUUGGAACACGACGCCUCCCACACUACGGGUUACGUUCAAACUCACUUUGAUGCAGAUGGUACACUAAUGUCCGAUUGUUUGUCGAGGAGUUGGCCCAUAGUUGAUAUCUCCAAGUUACCCCCUUGUGAUGAUGAUGAUGUAGGAAACAGAGAUGUUGAGUUGCACUCGGAUGUUGUCUGUAGAGAAGACGAUCCAUUUACAACCGAGACCGACGCACAGACGAACUUGGGGCGACGGUGCUGUUGCAUCUCGAAUAUCGUUCGAAGUCUUAGCUUCGUUCCCGGCAAUGACGUGGAACUGUGUCGGCAUUCACGAUUUCUGCAUCUGAUCGCGCAAGUGUUGUCGCUGCAUGUUGAACCGUGGCUGUUGCAUCGGACCGCAACGUGUACGGUCGAGAACUCUAAAGAUAAGAAGACGGCGGGCACCGAAUGGUGGUGGUGGUGUCUGGAGAGAUUACGCGAGAACGCAUUUGUAACAUUGUCGAAUAUUGCAGCACAACUCAACUUGACUAUUAUACCGCAAGCGGUCGGUCAUCCUCUUGUCGAAGCAUUGGUGAACUGGUUAGUGUGCGACGCUCCUAGUGCGGUCGAUCCCUUCCGAGGCAAAAUCUCGCUCUCACCUCGAUCGUUGGCUCUCGAGACGCUCACGAAGAUUGCCCUACUCGAAGCAAAUCUGGAUCUCAUAUUAUCAACACCGUCAUCGGACGUUCUCAUGAAACUGUUUGACUUGCUCGCCUCGUUGCUGACGGACGAGCGCCUGCCCGUGCAGAAGGAGUUUGCGCUCGUGUUGCUCUCGUGUUUGCUUCAGGGACGGAUUGAGGGCUACAUUGCGGAACACUUGAAGGGGAUGAGGAUCGUGUGUCUGUUUCUUAGUUUUCUCGAGAAAGCCGAGCAGGGGGCGGCGGCGGCCGUUCUCCAGGCGCGCUCAUUUAGCUUUCCCCUAGAGGCAUAUGGAACGACUGUUUACAUGAUGUAUCGAUCAGCGCUCGCCGUACUAGCACUCUCCAAAUUCCAUCCACCUCUGCUUAUAUGCUACAGUCAGAGACUGCUGUCGUUGUCGACGUCGAGACUGCUCGACAGCAGCGUGUCCGAAGUAUUGGCCGACGCGUUGGUACAGUUGUCUGGCAUUUGACGAAGAUUACAUGUAGAUGAAUUCGGGACGUAUGAAGAUGCUGUGUAUAAAGACAUACGAACAAUUUGGUAUAGAGGAAUUUAAUUAAGGACCUACAGAUAGAGAAGGGGCUUAAUGCAAUUUUAUUGCCAUAAAAUUUGUAUAAUAAAGUUGUUUGACAUGAGAUUGAGUCGAAGCUUGUG